AUGCAACUUGCUUGUACAUCUGCAUCGCAGGAGAGCUUCAUUGGUUCUAGAACAGGAAUAGUCUUUGAUGGUACUUUGGGAACCAAAAGACUCCUUCUACUUCUAUCCAAUUCCAUCGAGAAUUCUUCGUCGUCUGGAAUGCAGAUGGCAAUUCUGGUAUCGUUGCGCACAGCGGCAGCUGCGUUAGUUGUGGUGAUGCUAAAACAUUCGGCUUUCUGCACAUUUUGGCUAAGGUCGCUCUUUGGCAACGCACUUGGCUAUUGUUGCAUUGCACCUCGGCCCGCUGCUGGGGGCGGCCGCAAUGAUGCUCAGACAAUUGGCUCUUUUGGCCCUGCAAACAAGUCAUGA